AUGGCCUUUGCUCGAUUCUUCCCCAUCACCAUCUUCCAGGAAAGCAAAGUUGUGGGAAGGGUGAGAGCAGGUAUAGGUGCAGAACCCCUGAAGAUUGGUCAGUCUGGGUACAAGGAGGACACAGGAGAUGAAGGAGCCUCCCUGGGCGUGUGGGGCUGCACACCACCGCCGCUGAGCUCCACGGUGCCAGACCAGGAAAUGGUGGCACAGGACCCUUCCACCAGCGCCAGACAGGCCGUGGCCAGAGCCACCCGGGGCCCUCGGGAUUCCGCAGCCGGCGUGCCACGUGUCCCAAAGGGAACAUGGUCCCCAGAAACGCAACAUGACGGCAGACAUGAUGCAGCUUUGCUGGUGCCAGUGGACGUGGCGCUCGGCGUGGCCCCGUGUGACGUGACCGAGUACCAGCCAGAGGACAGCAACCUCUGCUGCCGGCUCUGCCCCGCUGGCCAGUACGUCUUCAAGCCGUGCAGGGUGAACCAUACCUUUGGCGAGUGCCGCGUCUGUGAAUCGGGCACCUUCCUCGCCUUCCCUAAUGGCGAGCCUACUUGCCAGAGGUGCAUCCAGUGCCGGAAGGGAGAUCAGGAGGUGGUGGCCAAGUGCUCCCCCACCAGCGACCGGCAGUGUCAGUGCAAAAAGGGGAGCUUCUACUGCAACUCUGUGGACUGCGUGGAAAACUGCCUGCGGUGUAAAAGGUGUCCUGGCUUUGUCCUGUCCCCUUGCAAUGCUACCAGCAACACGGUUUGUGCCACAGAAACCGAUCGAGGGCGUCCAGAAAACAAACGUGGGUCUGAGUUCCUCGCGCCGUGGGUGACCGUUAGCGUCAUUCUUGCCGUCAUUGCCGUCAUCGUCGUCAUCGUCGUCAUCGUCAUUGUCUGUAUUUGUUGGUAUAAAAAGAAAGGUGUGCAGGUCUGCUACCAGCUGAUCGUCAGAUUGUUGAAGGGAAGGUCGGAUGGCCCAGGCGGCUUUCCACUGAGAAGCAAUUCGCAGCUUGAGACGGUGCGACCCGAGGCACCUGAGCGGGACAGGCCGGCCCCCGGCACAGAAACCCAGCCUGCGGAGGAGGAGAGCCUGGCCUUGAUGCCCAAGGCCAGGCCCCACCUGGGGCCCUCAGGGGAGCCCGAGGAAAGCCCUGAGCUGCAGGCCUUGGUGGUCGGAGGAAGCCCGGUGGUCCAGGAGCAGACGUUAGAAGCCUCUGCUCCUGCCGCUCCGGAGCCCCAGGACGGGAUCCAGGCGUCCCCUUCGCUCAAGAGUCUAGAGGAGAAAUGUAACCCCGUCUUCUUUUUGGUUUUGUUUCUUGCAGCUACCACUAGCAUCCAUUAUGAGUUUGUGAAGAGCAGCACAGGAAACGACUGGAAGAUGUUCAUGAGGUUAAUUGGUCUGGAUGAGAUGGACAUUGACUCUUGCGAAUGCGAGAAUCCAGGCAAUUUGAUGGAACAGCGUCAUAAGAUGCUCUUUACGUGGCGAAAGAAGCUGGGAAAGGAAGCUUCUGUUUUUAAACUCCUGGCUGCCCUCCAUAAACUGGGGCUUAAAAUGUAUUUGCAAAACAUUAUAAACAACUUAGUUGCCGAAGGUAUUUUAGGUAGGCAUGUAGGGACCUCCGACUAA